AUGAAGCUAUGGACUACAGUUUCGACCCUCGUGCUUGUCUCUCUCUUGUCGCCCGCUCUCUCUCGACGACCUAUCAACCGCUGCCACCCUCCGGUUAAACGUGAAGACGCAAGGUUCUGUUGCUCUGCAACUGGAAUCGGAUGUAUUCCUCGUGGAGGGAAAUGCAAAAAAACACGUCUCACCCCGCUCAACAUACCAUGUGAAGACGGGUUAACAUGCGUUGUAUUCAACUUUGGCAAGCAGAGCACCAGGAGAGAUUCAAGAGGAAGAUGUCGAAAGCUGAAAAUGAGGCCGCAGAGGUGUACAAUCGAGAAGUGCAGCCGCACGGGAAAGAAAACCAUUUGUCGGAUAUCUGGUGUAAUUGCGACGUGUGGUGCAUGGGCGAGACGCAGGGAUUCCGGUCCGAAACCAGAAUGCCCUCGAUUCUGUACAAGACUGUUGCAGAUCCCACAGCCAAAAGGGAGUGAUGGGCGCCUGUAUGGGAAUGUCGGAUGCUUAAUUGUCGCGAGCUGUCGCUCCAACUUUAAGAUAUACGGUCCCGUCGAGAGAGAUGCGAGUGAUAUAUGCGCAAAACCUAUUUCGUCCAGGUUGGGACCCAUGUGUUGCAACAAAUACGAAAUAGAAUGCGCCGAGCAGGGGGAGCGCUGCACAAACGGACCAUCGGAGUCGCUCUUUAGCCCGAAAGUAUGCAGAGACGGUUUGACAUGCGUUAUUUCCGAUCCUGGCGAUGGGCCCAAUCCCCCCGAAGGCAAGUGCGAAUUGCGAGUUGAAAGCUAG